AAAAGAAAGAACAAGCAGCGAAACGCGAAUAUUAGUAACGAUGAGAAUCAUUUUUAAAAACUAUCUAAUAUAAUUUUUCAAUCUGUUUUUCAAUAAUUUACUAAAAAAAGGUUUAAAAUUUAACAGGCAUUACACUAUUCACUAAUUUUGAUUUUCCUACAAAAAAAAAUGUAUCGAAUCGGCUUAAAAUCUUCAAAUAAUUUUAUUUAUCAAAUCUAUAAAAUUGAAAAAUUUGACACUUCAAAGUUGUAUUCUACAGUCAAGUGUAAAACGUUGCAGAAUUGUGCUAAUAAUGGGAAUAAAUUAUCGAAUCGUCUAAUCGUAAGAUAUUCAUCACAGAACACACAAAGCAAUAAAAGCGGCAAGAGCAGAAUCGGUGUCUUGGCUAUUAGUUCAGUCACUUUAGGAACGUUUGCGAUAUUGGCGUACGCAAAAAAUAACACGGAUUUUAGGAAUUUUCUUGAAAAAUGGAUUCCUGGAACGGAUAAAACAAUAAAACUUAUAUUUUUUGAAGAAAAUUCUUUUAUUGCUAAUAUUCAAGAUUUCUUCAGUAAUUUGAAACAAACCCUGACUUUCGGAAUUUUUAAUACUGCAAGUGAAACUGAAAAUACAAAAGUGAAAGAUGAAAAAAAAGCUUCAAAGGCAAUAAUUGAGGCGCCAAUCGAAUCUAAGAAAAGAUCCGAGAAUUUGGUCAGCACUGAUAGUAAACAGAAAAAAACAAAAAGCGACGGAGUAGAAGUUGGCAACGACAAUUCUCGUUCAUCUCCUAAAACUAUCAAUGAAUCGAAGACUACGAACCUAGAAGAUUUCAAAAAGUCUUGUAGCCAAUUAGCUGCAAAAGCAAUAAGUGAUUAUGAAAAUGCUAUUCAAGUGAUACACAACUACAACAAAAAUGUCGUAGAAAUUAUUGACGCAAAUGCGUCUGCUGUUCGCUCAUCGUCAAUAUGGGAAAGAUUGAGAGAAGAGACCGAAAAAAAGAGAAAAAUUACCCAACAAGUUGAUAAGAACGCAGCCGAUGUCAUACAAGAAAUAAAAAAAUUCUUAAGUCUUGUGAAUUCCAAAUUUGAUGUACCCGAGGGACUAAAGUCAGAUGCUCGCAAAUUUGCAGACAAUAUUUUGAAUGAAAUUGAGAAACGUAAAAAGCAAUUCGAAGAAGAACAAAGCACCGUAAAGAUUGCUGAGAAAUACUGGGAUAAGAUAAAAACUGCCAGGGAAAAUUUCCACGAGGAACUUCAAAUAUUAUUCCCGGAUAUAAAUGUUAGCGAUGGACUUUUUCCUAUUAAUGACAAAGCAUUUGAUCUCUUUGUACUUUAUAUGUAUAAUAAAGUCAACCAUCUGGAAUCAGAAUUGAGCAAACUUGAGACAAUUGGAAAUGAAAAAUUAAAAGCUGCAUUACGAUCGACAGGAGAGGGAGCAAGUGAAAGUAAAAUCGAUGAAGUUGUCAGCCGAGAAAUAGAAAAAGAAAAACGAAUUCUUCAAGAAGAGUUCGCUAAAAAGCUUUUAGAGGAAAGAAAAGUUUUUAUGGAAGAGCUUCGGAAGCAACUGAAGCUUCAAGCGCAGGUCAAUGCGGAUCAAAUGAAAGAAACUCUUGAUUUGAAAGAAAAAGAAACUCAGAGAUUAAUAAAUCAUACUCUCGAAGAACAACUGGAGAAUGAAUCGAGCAAUUAUAAGGCUCAACUUGGAGUUAUUGUCGGUCGAUUGCGUGGAUUAGAUGAAGCUCUUAAGUUGCGCUUGUCAGAAGAAAAAGGAGCAUGUGAAGUACAGGUACUUUGGGCUGCUUGUCAAUCAUUAGUAAGAGCAGUAAAAGCUACUCCACACAGUAUUUUGGGUGAUCAACCAUUAAGACCACUAGAGUUAGAGAUAAAAGCAGUUUUAAAAGUUGCUCCAAAAGAAGAUACUCUUGUCCAAGCAACUCUUGCUGCGAUACCCGAGGAAGCUGUAAAACGAGGAGUUUUUCCAGAAAAUGCUUUAAGGGAGCGAUUUUUGAAGGUUGAGCAUAUGGCGAGACGUCUCGCCCUUGUUCCUGAAGAAGGCGCAUCUUUACCCAUUUACUUCUUGAGUUAUCUUCAGAACUUUUUACUCGUCAAGGCUGAAACUCCGAUAACAAAAAAAGAGUUAUCUGAUGAACCAAUUGAUGUCAAUAAACUCGAUACUUACGACAUUUUGAACCGUGCGAGAUAUUGGCUAGAUCGAGGAAAUUUUAAAAUGAGUCUUAAAUAUAUGAAUCUUUUGAGCGGAGCACCAAGAAGCGUAGCUAAGGAUUGGAUGAACGAAACAAGAAUUUUGUUGGAAACACAGCAGGCAGUAGACACUUUGAUCGCCUACACCGGAGCUAUAGGACUUUUAUUCCUGGGUAGCGAUAACCAAAAAAAGGUUGAACAUUAGUGACUUAACAGAAUACCAUCCAGUUUUGUGCUUCACUGUAUUGCCAACGACAAGCGCAGGCAUCAAUUCGCUUUGAAUUUUCCACACAUUAAAAAAAAAUAGACAUUUGUAUAAUUUAAAAAAAUAGUAAUGUAUAUUUGAAUAUAAUGUUGAAAACAUAGUUUAUUGUUGCGACUAAAUUUUGAAAUUUUUACUGUUCACUAGUAGCAAUUCAUCGUUGAUAAUUUUUUUAUUUAUAUUGUGGAAUCACUAUUUGAACCAUGUAUAGUUUCCUUGUACUAAAAUUUUACUUAUUUGUAGAAUAUUUCAUAUUCCAAUACUCUUUCAUCGAGUCGAAUAUAAGUAUUUUAAUUAUAAAUUGAAAUAAAUGUAUUCUAUCUACUCUCUUUCACUCAAAUACUCCCCAGUAUCUUAGGUAUUGUUACGUUCUGGCUUCAAUUAUAUUUAAAUAUAAAUUUUAGAAUUUUUUUUGGCAAUAUAUAAUAAAACUUUGGUCACUCCGAUGAAGAAAAAUUCUUUAACAGAGUAACUAAAGCAGAUAAGCGAUUUCCGCGAACACCGUCGUGGCCCGUAGUCUAAACUCAUGACGAGGCAUGAGACCCGGGCCUCGACGACGUUCUCUAGGGUAACCUGAGAUGCGACGUUGGACGAUUUAUAAUUUUAUAAUUUUUUUUGUACUGGAUCUGCGGAGGCAGAACAGGCAGUCAGCCGACGAACAUCUAAGGCCCCGGGCCUCUGUCCGGUGACCGACUGACUUUAAAUUUAAUGUUUUAUUUAAGAAUAUACUUAAAUUCAUUUAAAAUUUUGUAUUAUUUAAAUUUAAACCCUUCAAACAAAAUUUAAAAACUAUGAGAGUCGAACAGUGACAUCACAGGAGGUCUAUAGAUUUUCCAAUGAUGUCUACCUGGGAAAUAUUUAAUUCUUAUUUAAUUAAAUAAUGAAUAAUAUGAAUUAACAUUUAGUCAGAAUGUUACAGUAUUUAAUUCCAACAUUUUAGAAAGAACUACAAAUAAAUUAGCAUUUUUGACAGUUAGUAAUCCAGUUAACUAAACAUCCAGUGUACACGUAAUAAAUUUUGUUUUUACGUGAAUUAUAAAUUUUCUUAGGGAAUGAUGAAAAAAUAAACAUGGAAUUAUAUUAAAAAUUAUAUUUUAUAACAACAUAAUAUAAUACAAAAAUUAAAAUAAUGUAAUAUUCCAUUUAUCCACAAAACCAUACUGUAUAAAAUGUUCAUCUUUUUAGAAAAUUAUUAUCAAAAACAAUUUUUUAAAUUUAUAUAAACGUACACUACCGACAGAAAGUUUAGAAGCAUUUGUAAUACUCUGAUUAGGAAAAUUUGCAGCCGAAUUUCAUUAACUUGACAUUUAGUCUACGGAGGAGCGGAAAUUCCGACUUAUCGAAUGCCCUUUCUCCUUGAAAGAAUAAACUAGAGCGCAUGCGCACUUUCAUCUACAUGAAGUACAUAGGAACAUAAGUACAAAUGUAUAGCAUCGGUGGGAGACAGCGUAGCCCGUAGGGGGGUCAAGAUUGAGGGGAAGUUCCGAGUUAAUAGAAUUCGACUGCAAAAUGAUUUGAAUUCGUCAAUGAAUUUUAGGAAUGCUCUGACUUAUUAUUAUAUAAAUGCAUUAGUGAAUUAUCAUUAUAUAUUGUAUGGUCCACUGCGAUUGAUUAAAAUGUAGUAAAAUAAUUUAAAACGAUAGUGAGGUAAGAGACGCAGUACCCGAUCAUUCCUGUUGAGAAAAUUUCAUAGAAUCCAAUAAAUUCCCAUAAUGAUUCUAUAAGAAUGAAUGAGUUCUAUGAGAAGUGAUACAGUUAAGUAUUAGGCCUUAUACGUACAGCAUAAGAAUCUAUCGUAUUUUUUAAGCAGGGAGCGAACUAAUAACCGAUCAGGGAACUAAUAUCCGGUCAGAGAACUAAUCGGGUACUAAUUACCUUAUUGGGUACUAGGUCUUUCACCUUAUAUUGACUUACAACAAAGAUAAAACUUUCUGUCGGUAGUAUAUAUCUAUACUAUACAAAAUUUUAUUACUUAACGUGAUUUACUAAACGGCCAAUAGAUUGGAUUUCUGUUUCCACAACAUCGCCUU